AUGGCUCCCCGAGCACCCCCUGCCUCGGCGAUUGGACAUGGCCUGCCCCCUUCAGGUCGUGCCCGGCCACCAGCCCCACUGAACCUCACUACUGCAUCUCCCUAUGCACAGUCUUCGCAGAAUUCGCUUCCUUUCCGUGAAGCCUAUCCUCUGCAGAGUGCCCCAGCUACCAAGACGACAAUCUUGGAACGUCCUACUAAGAAUCGCACUGGGCCGAUCACAGGCGUUCCGACUCCAUAUAGUGCAUACAUGCCUUUCACGCCUGUGACACCAUUCACGCCAGGCCGGACUGUUAACAAGCGACAGCGGAAGCGAGAGGAGAAAGAGAAUGGACUGCGAGCUUUGAACGAAGACGACUUGGUGAAGGACGAUACUGACAUGUGGUGA